UUAUUAUCAUAUCUUUAUUUGAUAUUUAAAGGUAUUGGGUGUGGUGUAUUAUUACUGGGAUAUCUUCAAGUUUGUUUCUGGUUUACGGCUGCUGAACGUCAAGCUCAUCGAAUACGUCUGGCUUUUUUCCGUAAUGUUAUGAGACAAGAAAUUGGUUGGUUUGAUACAAAUGAUUCUGGUGAACUUAAUUCUAGAUUAGCUGAUGAUAUCAAUAAGAUACAGGACGGUAUAGGAGAUAAGAUAAGUUCUUCAAUUCAGUGGAUUUCAGCGUUUAUAGCUGGUUUUGUUGUUGGUUUUAUUUACGGUUGGAAAUUAACGCUUGUUAUCCUGGCUAUCAGUCCAGCUCUGGUUCUCUCAGCUGCUAUCAUGAGUUGGCUGGCGUCGAAUAUCACAAGUAAAGAAUUACAGGCGUAUGCGAAGGCUGGAUCUGUAGCAGAAGAAGUAUUAAGUUCUAUUCGUACCGUGGUGGCGUUUGGGGGUCAAGAGAAAGAAGUCAAACGAUAUUCUGCUAACCUAUCAGAAGCUAAAGCGUUUGGUGUAAAAAAAGGAAUGACCAAUGGAAUAGCUUUUGGAUUUGUGUGGUUAGCGAUGUUUUGUGCGUAUGCUCUAGGUUUUUGGUACGGUACCAAGCUGACUGUAGAGGAACAUGAGACUUACUCAGUUGGCAGAAUGUUAAUUGUGUUUUUCGCUGUAUUAGUUGGAGCUUUUUCAUUGGGUAACGCUUCUCCUGGUAUCCAAGCCUUUUCAACUGGACGCGGAGCUGGUUACAUUAUUUUCACCAUUAUAGAUUUGGUACCUUCUAUAGACAGUUUCUCUCAGUCCGGAAAGAAAUUGGAUAAAAUAGACGGAACUGUGAAAUUUCAUGAUGUUAAAUUCCGCUAUCCCUCACGACCUGAUGUACAGGUGUUGAAUGGUAUCAAUAUUACAAUAUCUCCUGGUCAGACUGUAGCUCUAGUUGGUUCUAGUGGAUGUGGUAAAUCAACCACCGUUCAACUCAUACAGAGGUUCUACGACCCAGAGGGAGGCAAGGUAACAAUAGAUGGAGUAGAUGUAAAAGAAAUGAAUGUAAAAUGGUUGAGAGAACAUAUUGGAAUCGUGAGUCAAGAACCAACGCUAUUUGCCACGACAAUCGAAGAGAAUAUACGAUAUGGUCGUGAUGGAGUCAGUAAAGAUAUGGUAGAGAAGGCAGCGAAAGAUGCCAAUGCUCAUGAUUUUAUUAAACAAUUACCAGAGGGUUAUCAAACUUUAGUUGGUGAGAGAGGAGCCCAAUUAUCUGGGGGACAGAAACAAAGAAUUGCCAUUGCUCGGGCUCUGGUUCGUGACCCCAAGAUAUUAUUACUGGAUGAAGCUACAUCUGCUCUGGAUACAGAAAGUGAAUCUAUCGUUCAACAGGCUCUGGAUAAGGCUAGACAAGGUCGUACCACUCUAGUUAUAGCACACAGAUUGUCUACGAUUAAAACAGCUAAUGUUAUAUUUGGGAUAAAGGAAGGUAAUGUGAUGGAGAAUGGAAGUCAUGAGGAAUUGAUGGCUAUGAAAGGAAUUUACUAUCAACUUGUCAUGAAUCAGAAUGAAUUAUUUUCUAAUAAUAUUCUAGAACUGGAAGAGGAAGAGGAAAUAGAGGAUUUUAUUCGUGUUGGUUCAGGUCGAGCCAGUAAACGACAGUUACAUCGUAUGUUAUCACAUGAAAACGCUGAUAUUAAACGUCAAAUGUCCAUCUCAGAGGAAAAAGAUGACAAAAAGGUACCGUCUGUUGGUUUUGGACGUUUAAUUAAAACCAACUCCCCUGAAUGGUAUUUUAUUUUAGUGGGAUGUUUUGCCAGUUUGUUAAAUGGUGGGGUUCAACCGGCGUUUGCUAUUAUUUUUGCUGAAGUUUUAGGGGUAAAGGAACGUAAUAAAGAAGUUCAGAUGUAUUCAUUAUUAUUAGUUGGUAUUGGUAUUAUCAGUCUAGUCAUGAUGUUUUUACAGUCCUAUAUGUUUUCACUAUCAGGAGAAAAUCUGACCAUGAGACUUCGUCAUUUAGCUUUUAAAGCCAUGUUAAAACAGGAAAUUUCUUGGUUCGAUGAUCAUAAGAAUAAUACUGGUAUUUUAACAACAAAACUAGCCACCGAGGCCUCGCUUAUACAGGGGGCUACUGGUAUCAGAUUGGGAAUGACGAUACAGAAUCUGGCUGCCAUGGGAACAGCUAUAAUUCUAGCUUUUAUCUACGGUUGGAAACUAACGCUGGUUAUCUUAGCCUUCGUGCCCUUUAUUGUCAUAGCUGGUGCCAUUCAAAUGAAAAUAUUGGCUGGUGUCGCAGGGAAGAAUAAGGAAGCUCUGGAAGGUGCUGGAAAGGUUGCUGUAGAAGCUAUUAGCAGUAUAAGAACAGUAGUAUCUCUGUCACGUGAAGUUACAUUCUACAAUCUGUAUGUCAACCAGUUAUUACAACCUUACAAAGAUGCCUUGAAACGAGCUCAUUUGGUUGGCGGUGCCUUUGGAUUCUCAAAUGCUAUUAUAUUCUUCGCCUACGCUGCUUCGUUCUAUUUUGGUGCCUAUUUGAUUAACGAAGGAGAAAUGGAUUACGUUGACGUUUUCAGAGUAUUUGGUAGUAUUGUAUUUGGUGCCAUGGCUUUAGGUCAGGCCAGUAGUUUUGCACCAGACGCAUCCAAAGCUCAAGUUGCUGCCAACAAUGUAUUUUUCCUCUUGGACACGAAACCCUCCAUUAAUUCAGAAAGUACUGAGGGCAGUAAACCAAGUUCGAUAACAAGUACAGUACAUUUUAAAGAUGUGAAAUUCCGCUACCCCACCAGACCGGAUGUUCAGGUGUUACAAGGUUUGAACUUGGAGGUGAACCCAGGUGAGACGUUAGCUCUAGUUGGUUCUAGUGGAUGUGGUAAAUCAACCACCGUUCAAUUAUUAGAGAGAUUCUAUGACACAGAAGAAGGAGCUGUGUGUAUUGAUAAACAUGACAUAAAAGAUCUUAACAUCCAGUGGCUUCGAUCUCAGAUGGGUAUUGUUUCCCAAGAACCAGUUUUAUUUGACAGAAGUAUCGCAGAAAACAUCGCCUAUGGUGACAACACACGAGAGGUUCCUAUGGAUGAAAUUAUUACAGCUGCUAGGAAUGCCAAUAUUCAUCAGUUUAUAUCUGAGCUACCAGAGGGUUAUGAUACACGAGUGGGAGAAAAAGGAGGUCAGUUAUCAGGAGGACAGAAACAACGAGUAGCCAUCGCUAGAGCUCUAGUUCGCAAUCCUAAAAUAUUAUUACUAGAUGAAGCUACAUCAGCUUUAGAUACAGAAAGUGAAAAGGUUGUACAAGAAGCGUUAGAUAAAGCUAGAGAGGGGCGUACCAGUAUUGUGAUAGCCCAUAGACUUUCUACUAUUCAAAACGCUAAUAAAAUAGCAGUCAUUCGACAUGGUACUGUAUCAGAAGAAGGAACACAUUCUGAACUCUUAGCUUUACAAGGAUUUUAUUAUAAACUUAUUUCAGCACAGAAUAAACGUGGAGGUUUCUAA